UAGCUACGACUGGACCGCAAUGAAAAGAUAACUGGCGACAUUAUCUGCUCAUUUUUGAGCAUUACGGGUCUCAUUUCGUAGUUAAAUUGAGAGGAAGCGGUCCGAGACUCCAGCCGCUAACACGUUCCCAUGACAGAAAGGGCUACCCAGAGGAACGAUGGAUAAGACCUCCAACUAGCGCCUGAUGACCUUUAUCAUUUAUUCAGUCUGAAUCAUGGAAGGUAAUGACAAUGUGCCUCUAAACAUAACACAGCUGCAGACCGAUGUGUGCAGCACCGAGGAGGGAGGAGAAGUCUUCAGCAAAGUGGAAAAUGGAGUAAAUCCACUACCUUCUGAUUCAUUUAACGGGAGUGUGACAGGACUGAACAAAGGAGGGCUCAUUAAUAACGCGGACAAUCCUGCCCCCUCUGGUGUAAGUCCCAGCGCUGAACCUUCAGGAGGAGUGGCGCUUAAAGUAGCUACAACGGUACUCCACCCAGUGUGUCUGGGAGACAGUCCGCUGAUGUUGCCCAUCCAUCUUCAGAUGGCUGGAGCAUCCGGGCCUCAGCUCGGUCAGAUGGGGACAGCGCCGUACUUGAUAACCAGCCAAAACCCCGUUUCCCUUCCUCUGGUUUUGGACCAGCAGGUGAUCCAGCACAUGAAUCCCUCUGUUAUCCCACAGAACACGGGCUGCGCACAGUUGCCCCUCCAAAACAACGUCCUCUGUCAGAAUCCUUUGACAUUUGGUUUACCUCCAGCUGUUGACCCGAAGGCAGCAGGACAGGGUCAGGAUGGCAACCUGCUCUCUCUCCUGCAGAAUCCGUCUUUUGCGGCCAUCAUACAGGACCUCUUCACUCAGCAGGCAGGUUCGUCCACCUGUCAGUCACCAGGCUCUGCCUUCUUCCCCCUCCCUUCUCUCACACCUCCCUACACCUCCCCUUUGGCUCCGCUGGUUCCUCCGGCUACACUUUUAGUCCCGUACCCGGUCAUCAUUCCCCUGCCAGUGCCUCUGCCCGUCCCUCUCCCUAUCCCCAUUCCUGUCCCUCAGAUGGAAGACUCAAAGGGGAACAUGCCAAAACCAGUUUGCACUGUGAGUAAAAGCACUCAGACGUCACCGGAAGAUACUACCUCUGCUACACUAUCCUCAAGGAAAUGCUCGCCGCCAUUCAAGUCGCAAAAUGUGUCCCCAUCCUCUCUGUCUCCAGAGGAGGGACAGGUUCUAGACCUCUCUGUCAAGUCGUGUCCAAUUGAGCCAAAACAAGAAUAUCCCAGUCCGCAGCACGACAGUGUGCUUGAUUUGUCAGUGACUGGUUUCAGGAAAAAGUGUGUUCAGUCAGACAGACAAGUAGCUUUACAGCCAGCUCAAGGUACGAGCAGCACCGCCUUGUCUCUGGGAGUUGAAUGCACUCAGAGUUUAGAUUCCAAACUCCUGGGCAGCCUGGCGUCUCUGGAGUUCAGCCGGCAGCACAAGUGGCUGGUUGAUACUAGUGCUGCCGGAUCUAGCUCUCUGGGUCAAGAAGCAUCGCUCAGCGGAGCUGGAAACCUUGAGAUUGUGAGCACCUCGCAGACAGCCAAGGUCAUCGUCUCUGUGAAAGACGCGAUCCCAGCCAUUCUCUGUGGGAAGAUAAAAGGCCUUUCAGGAGUCUCCACCAAGAAUUUCUCCAUCAAACGGGACGGCAUCCAGGGACCGUCUCUGCAGCAGUUCUACGGGAUGCCCUCAGUGUCACACGGGGAGCCGCAAGACCCUAACAACCCUCAUAAAAAGGUUUCGAAAAACAGAGCUAUCAAACUGAAGAAGGUCAGCUCACAAGAGAUCCACUUCCUUCCCAUCAAGAAGCCGAGACUUGCAGCACUGCUCCCCAGGAAGUGAGAGCGCUCCCAAGAGAGGGAUUAAUCCCUGGACAGAUCUCUGGUAAUCCCAGAGAGUAGAACAUGAAACACACGUGGGGACAUUCUCUAAUCCAAAUCAAAUACUAAUCAAUCAAGGAGUUUGGCUCGAAAAGUGAGGCUCACGAGUGUCUGACAGUGUAACAUUAUGAAAUGCUUUGUUUUUGUUUUAACAUCCAGUGUUAUUCUGAACCACAACGGUUUGUGACAAUGUUGUGUUUGGCAGCUCAGUUGGUUUUCUGUGAUAAAGGACAUGUUUUACUUUACAAUUAACAGAAAAUACACUUUUUCUAUUCUUUAAUUUGGGUUUAUAACUUUUUAUUUUUUCCACAUAUAUGCGCACUGAAGACCUAUAAAUUCUGUACUGGGAAGUCAUAAUCAAGAUUGUUCAGCGGUGCCCCGUCAUUAGAAAUGAACAUGGUCAUCAUUAGAUUGCUCAGGUCGCUCUUUCCUGAUUGGCUGCACUGCAAAAACUGCUCAUUUUUUAGACAGUAAAAAAAAAAAGCCUUGUUUCAAGAAAAUUGGUCUUACUAUUCUCAGUCUAUGCCAGGGUACUGGAGAGGAGAAUUUGGUCAAUAGUGGAGCUCUAUACCCUCUGCAGGGUAUUGAGGGGUUCAUGGGAAGUUGCCCAAUCAGUCCACAUGUGCCAUAUGCAUCUGGAGAAGGCAUUUGACCGUGUCCCUCGUGGCACUUUGUGGGGGGCUCAGUGAGUAUGGGGUCCGGGGCCCUCUGUUACGGGCUGUUAGGUCUCUGUAUGAUCGGAGCAGGAGAUUGGUUCACAUUGCCGGCAGUAAGUCAGACUUGUUCCCAGUGCAUGUUGGACUUUGGGAACCACAGAAUUCCAUCUCUGCUUUUUGCGGAUGAUGUUGUCCUGUUGACUUCAUCAGGCCAGGACCUUCAGCAUGUUGGGGCGGUUUGCAGUGGGUGGAAUGAGAAUCAGCACCUCCAAAACCAAGACCCUGGCUCUCCACCGGGAAAGGGUGGCGUGCCUUCUCCGGGUGGGUGGAGAAGUCCUGCUUCAGGUGGAGGAGUUCAAGUAUCUCGGGGUUUUGUUCACUAGUGAGGGAACAAUGGAGCGUGAGAUUGACAGACGGAUCGGUGCAGCGUCCGCAGUUAUGCGGUCGAUGUACCGGACCGUCGUGGUGAAGAAGGAGCGGAGUCGAAAGGCGAAGCUCUCGAUUUACCGGUCAAUCUACGCCCCUACCCUCACCUAUGGUCAUGAACUUUGGGUAGUGACCGAAAAGACAAGAUCGUGGAUACAAGCGGCCGAGAUGAGUUUCCUCCGCAGGGUGGCUGGACGCUCCCUUAGAGAUAGGGUGAGGAGUUCGUCACCCGGGAGGAGUUCGGAGUCGAGCCGCUGCUCCUUCACAUUGAGAGGAGUCAGCUGAGGUGGCUUGGACAUCUGUACCGGAUCCACCUGGAUGCCUCCCUAGGGAGGUGUUCCAGGCAUGUCCCUCCUCCCUAGGGAGGUGUUCCAGGCAUGUCCCACCGGGAAGAGACCCCGGGGAAGACCCAGGACACGCUGGAGAGACUGUGUCUCUCGGCUGGCCUGGGAACGCCUCGGACUCCCCCCUGGAGGAGCUGGAGGAAGUGUCUGGGGUGAGAGAAGUCUGGGCAUCUCUGUUGAGACUGCUGCCCCCCGACCCAGUACUGGUUAAGCAGAAGAAGAUGGAUGGAUGGAUGGAUGGAUGGAUGGAUGGAUGGAUGGAUGGAUGGAUGGAUGGAUGGAUGGAUGAAUGGAUGGAUGGAUGGAUGGAUGGAUGGAUGGAUGGAUGGAUGGAUGGAUGGAUGGAUGGUCGGUCGGUCUUACUAUUUGUCUAGUGCCUAGACUAUUUACCUAGUUUUAAGAAGUGUAGUCAACAUUUUUCUCACCUCAGUGGCAGUUAUUUUUGCUGGAUUUAAGACAGUUUGACUAGUUAGGAAUAUUAGGCAUAUUUCUUGUGGGGCUGCUUCUGCAACGUGCACCAAAGCUAAGAAGAGCAAGACCAGAACCACAACCUCACUGAGUAAAUGGUGACAGCAGUUUUCAUUCACAAGAUAGUGUCUUUGUUUUGCAGCAAAGCAUUUUUUUUGUUUGUUUUGCUCUGACUCUACAUUCAAAGACAUUCUGUGAGCCUGUUCAAAUAGAGAGCAUUUACUAGCUUUGAUGUUUUAAUUGCUGGCUGAAUUAGCCAAAGCUAAUGAAAUGCCUCACAGCAAGUGUUUAAAACACUGUAACUCGCUGCUGUUUUCAUUAAGUUAUUAAGGAAGGAAUUAAGGAAUUAUUAAGGAAUCUAGAUGAGUUUGUUUUUAUAAAGUCAACUCCUCAUUUAAAUCAUCUGGGAGAUGAGGGGAAGUUGGCUUCUUUGCUUAAAUGAGAAAACAAUGUUUUGUGUGUCAGUUUUUACUAGAGUCAGUAUUGAUCGGACUCCACCUCCCCGUUAUCAGACAUGCCUGUGUGAAAAAAAAUGUUGUUUCUUGUGAUUUGGUGUCAUUUUUUUGUUGGUUUUGUGGACCAUGGUAUUUCUUGCCCUCACGAUCACGACGACAGUUGUGAAUGUGGACUGUAUUGCUCUGUGUGUGUAUGUUUAUUUAACAUAUUGAGUGCACUUUGUCAUGAUUUAGUUGAAAAGGUCCCAGGGUGUCCUAUCCAGUCUGCUUAAACUGCAUUGCUGCCUUUGUUCCUGCAGAAGUUAUGUAAAUCUGAAAGCUGAAGGCCAAGAACUAAUAACAGCCAUAUGGAGACGGUCUUGACAAACAGAAAUGGAAAAUAUCUAGAAGCUUGACUUUUACCGGUUCUUUAUUUAUGUCCAUGUUCUGAAAGCUAUCCCAGAACAUUCAGUCAUGCGUCCACUUCAACAGAGAGCUCUGUGGUUUAGCAGGUUGAACUGAUCACUUUAGUUGGACUGGACCUCCACUAAUUUAUUAUUUGUACAACUUUUAUUUAUACAGUGUGUUCAUGUACUGGAUAGUCAGGAGACAAAGAGUGACUGGAUAUCAAGACACAGCUCCCUUUGUAUGUGUGAAGCACUCUUCGCUUCUGACAGCAGUUUAAAUUAAAGUGUCAGUGAUGAAUCACUAGCUGAAAUGUGCUGGUGGUUAAAUAUUUGCUUACUGUGCAGUGUGUGCUUUUUAUAUGGAAGUGAACUAAAAUCUCUUGAGUCCAAAUCUGCUCUUUCUGCCUGUUUUUACUCCAAAGGUGACCGUUUUUAUUAAUAAAACUGGUUUGAAAUGAGAGGACAUUGUUAAAAUCAUCCACUAAAGCAACAAGAUACUGGUGAACCAGUAACAAUCCAAUCAAAAUGAAUAAAAAUGCUUCAUGCUUCAUUUACCAAAAUGAUCUAAACAGUUUUUUCUUUGCACAUGGUUUCUAUUAAAUUUAUUUGGUUCCAAUAAUUAAGCAUUUAAAUUAAGCUCAUUAAUGGCAACAACAAAGUAUAAAAUAUUUAUUAUUGAGGUGUGUUAGCAGAACAAUUAUGAGGUAA